AUGGCUCAUGGUGCUCGAGUAACGCCACCGUUAAGUAGGGGUCAAGAAGACAUUGAAGAAGCAGCUCCAGGGGCCACAGAAUCCCAAGGCGAUGUGAAAUCAUGGGUGACCCGGGACAGUCAGUUUGAAGGAGGAAGUCAUCGUGACAUCGAGCGGCCGCUGGAUGCCGGUCACCGCAAUCGAAUCCACGCUCCUGCACAAGCGCAGCCCGCAGGAAGUCUUCACGCACUGACCUUCCGUCUCCACCAUUUUCCUCGAGUUAGAGAUGCUUCCGCAGCACGACCACAGCUCUGGGGAAGUGCCGAGACCCCGCCAAACUCCCACCGCGUCACUGCCAUCUUGUGGCCAGGCCCACUUCUGGGCUGCAGGAGCAGGUGCUGUUGGAGAAAGCACCGGACUGUGGGGCAGGGUCUUGCAGUCUGUGCCAGCUCCCCAGCACAUGGCCAAGUUCCGCGAGCAAAUGGAUUCUUCUGCCGGGUUUCAAUCUCUGUGGCUUCAGUCUCUGCAUCUCUGACCUGUGGGUGUGGUGUGGCAUCUCCCCAAGGGCUUUUUGGUAAGGAGGACCAGAAGUUUUGGAAACUUUCAUGUGUAUCCUCCCCUGGAGAAUCCACUAAAAUGCAGAUUUAUGAUUUCAUGGCUUUGGGGUGAAUCCUGAGAGUUUGC